AUGGAGACUCCAUAUCAGAACCACAUUGACAGCAAAGACUUUGACCAUGUGUAUGAACCAGCAGAGGACAGCUUCCUACUCAUUGACGCUUUGGAAAAAGACCUUGAGUAUUUGUCAUCUAAGAAGCCAAUAUUCUGUCUGGAAGUGGGAUCAGGGAGCGGGGUAGUCAUCACUGCCUUAGGGAUGGCACUCCCACAAACCAUCUGCUUCAGCACUGAUAUAAAUUUCAAAGCUUGUAUAAUGUCAAAGUCAACAGCUAGCCACAACAAAGUAGCCCUAGAAUGUGUGAACAUGGACUUGACUAGCUGUUUUCUGGAUAACAAGUUUGACAUUAUUAUUUUUAACCCACCAUAUGUGGUGACGGAAAGUUCUGAAUGUGGUGGCACAGACAUUACAGCCAGCUGGGCCGGUGGUGUGAAGGGCAGAGAGGUCACAGAUAAACUACUGAAUAUGAUACCAAAGCAACUAGCAGAAGGGGGUGUGUUCUACCUUCUGCUGAUAAAAGAGAACAUUCCAGAAGAAGUGGCAGACAUUAUGCUGAAGCAUGGAUUUCAGUCAGAAACUGUGAUCAAAAGACAAGUGAGAAAUGAACAUCAACUAGUGAUGAAGUUUUAUAGAUAAGAAUUCCUCCUAAAACUGUUUUGUACAUCCUACCCUGUUAAGUCCCUUUGCAGCAAUUUUUUAAACAAUAAUGAAACUGGUUGCAUUAUUUAAGACUAGCUGCAAGUGUGGUGCUUAUAACAAAAAUUCAAUAGUGUAUUGUGAAAUACAGUAAUAUGUUAAAUAAGUUACAAAGUUUAUUGUAUAAGUAUAAAAUUAUAUUAUGCACUAUUUAUAAUUA